ACUUAAGCAAACUCUCCGUUGGGUCGUCGAGAGCACGUAAAGCAUCGAGAGAAGGUAAACAUACGAGGUAUCCGGCCAAGUACAAAAUUGAACUCCAAGCUUUUCUUGCUUUCAGUUUGUGAGCAGAGGACCAGAUGGUAACCGUUGUUUUUUAUCGUCGAUAAAUUCAUGCAGUAUAAAUGGUAGAGAAGCUCCGUUGAGAACAAGGGGCAAGGAAUUGGAGAUACAGCCUUACAUGCCUACCUUGUUUCGAUCUUACACUAUUUAUGAUAAAGAAUUUUGAAUAUCACAAAUAAAUUUGGUAUAUCAGACGACAAGAUGGCGUCGAAUUCAGAUAAAGUUGUACCUCAAGGAGGGGUGUCACCAGGCACAGGUGGAUACCAGAAUCCAGGAGCUGCCGCACCCUCGUACCCCAAUGCGUCUACCAGCUACCCACACCCUAACCCACCCUACCAGCAUACCACCCAGUACCCCUACCCACCUGUGGCGCCUCAGCAGCCUCCUCAACCGCUUCCGAACUUCCAGCCUCCUCAGCAGCUUCCCAACUUCCAGCCAGAUCAAGUGACAGUGAUUCCGUACCAUGCGUCAGUGAGGGAACUUAACAAGUCAACAUCUCUGGCUGUUAUCCUGUGUGUCCCGAUACUUGGGAUGCUCGGACUUCAUCAUUUCUACCUCAAUCGACCUUACUUCGGUUACAUCUAUGCCUUUACAUUAGGACUGUUUGCUCUCGGAUGGAUCAUUGAUUGGUUUCGUAUCAAGUCCCUCGUCAAGAAAUGCAACCAAGAGACUCGAGAAGCCCAGAUCCGUGGCUACAAGCUCUACAGCCCUAUGUACCCUGGUCCACUAACCAAGAUCUCCCUGUGUGAUGCCUAUAUGCUCUGGCUUCCACCCAUUGGUCUCUUCGGUUUCUACCAGUAUUACCUUGGUCGUAGCCGAUAUGGUAUUUACCACACUUUAACAUUCGGUCGCUGUGGCCUCGGAUGGUUGCUCGAUUUCUGCCGCCUUCCUGCAAUGGUCCGUAAGGCUAAUGCCAACAUCGCCAUGAUGAAGAAAGGUAUCCGAAUCGAAGACCCUCCUUACUCUGUCUGCGACGCCUACACAUUGGCUUUCCCUCUCGGCAUCUUCGGGCUACACCACUUCUAUCUCGGAAACACCAGAAGGGGGUUCUUGUUCCUCUGCACGGCCGGGGUCUUCGGAUUGGGUUGGUUGGCGGAUCUCUUUCAGAUGCCUUUGAUCGUGUCAGAAGCGAACAAGAAUCGGGAGCUGAACCAGCGGCUGGUCACUGCCGAGGCAAAUAACGAAGCACGGGCUGUCCACACCACGGUCGUCGUGACACACUCUGCUAACUCGGGCUACACCAAUGGUCCGGGUGAUUCCAAUGGGCAGGUCGUUUCUCUUCCUGGGCAAGUCAGCGGACAGGUCCUAGCCGGAGGGGCAGUUGGGGCUACAGGUGGGCACGUCAACGAGCCACCACCGGUCUACAAGCCCGAGGCUGGAGAGGGUGAAAGCGUCAUGAUUGCAGCUAAUGAUCAUGAGAAUACGGGGCAACCAGGAUUCGGGCAAGGUACCUCGUCCUCACAAGCAGAUACCAAGGAGAAGAAAGAUUAUCAACCAACAACCGGGAACAAACGCAGUCAACAUUUUGAAAUUUUGCUCCUUCCGUCGAUCUGCAGACAAUUUUCUAUUGAUGUUCUGGUUCACUUACUACAGCAGAUAGGACCAAACCGAUUCAAUAUGACCCAGGUAGUGGUUCCAGAUAUGCAGACGGCUCAACGUCAAUUCCAAGAGCAGGAGGAAAGAAAUCGGAGCAACAUGCCACAGUACACAGACGAAGUAUACCUUACACCGAGCCAUACCGCCCAGGACCGAAAAUUCGCCGUGGCCACCAUCCUGUGCCUGCCGUUCAUGGGGUUGUUCGGAGCGCAUCACUUCUACCUCCGCCGGAAGUUCUUUGGGACAGUCUACGCCUUCACGUUGGGAUUGUUUGGCAUCGGUUGGAUCAUUGACUGGUGUAGGAUAGGAGCCCUGGUGAGGAAAUGCAACCAGGACACAUCAGAAGCCAGAGCAAAGGGGCACUGGAUACACAGCAAGAAAUAUCCAGGCUAUCUCACAGAUAAAACAUUGCUGGAUGCAGUAUUGCUCUGGCUUCCUCCAUUUGGCAUAUUCGGUCUAUACCACUUCUACCUCGGACGAAAGCGAUACGGCACGUACCAGGCCUGCUCCGUUGGCUUCUUUCUUUUCGGUUGGCUCAUGGAUAUCUUCAGACUCGCCUACAUGGUGGAGAAAGCCAAUACGGACGUGAAGCUGAUGAAGAAAGGGGAGCGGGUAGGUGAAGACCCUUACAAGACAUCCGAUGCGUAUCUACUGGCGUUUCCUCUAGGUUUCCUCGGGCUUCAUCACUUCUACUUGGGCAACAGAUCAAAGGCGAUCCUCUACCUGUGCACCUUGGGUGUCUUUGGGAUAGGCUGGAUCACCGAUCUUGUCCAGAUGCCUCUGAUUGUCAAGGAUGCGAACAAGAAGCGAGAGUUGAGUAACAGGCUGCAGAAUGCACUAGUUCAAGGAAGACAGCCUCAGUCAAAUGUCAUUGUGAUGACGACCAUACCGGCCACCAAUGCAGGAUUUGUUGUAGGGCCUGUUGAAGGUGGGCUAGGACAGAAUCCUGCUAUGGUGCCAGGGGCAACAGUGCAUCUUCCAGAACCCCCGCCGGAGUACAGGGAGAAUGCAUCAGCAGGUGAAACAGUGAUUCACGAAUAAACAGGAUGAACAAAAUCUGUACACUGUAAAGACUCAGCCUGAUAGAAACUUUCACCAGUUAGUGUUAAUGAAAAAUCAAACCCUGAAGUUUGGGCUUGAAGUUUACAUUGUUGGACUAACACCGUAACUUUAGACGGGUGUGAUGAAUUAGUUGGAUUACGUGGUCCUCCUUUUGGACAGGGGAAUUCUUGUCACUUUCUUGGUGUCUUGGUGUCGGGGGUGGGGUCUCUAUUAGAACAUCAGGUGGACAAGAACAGGCAAUGAAAACAUUGGAAUCAACUGCAGUAGGGGCGUUGAAAUUUUUAAUUAUUUUAUAAAUCAGGAUAUGCUGGAUCUUAAACGAUAACAUCUCUGAAGACACUUCCACGCAAAAAUAAAGGUAGAAUAACAAUAAUAUUGCUAAUCCUGAACUGAAAUUCUCAAAUCCAUGUGGAGUUGCCCAUGUGGAGUAUCAUGAUUGAUCAAAAUCCCAUUUCAUGUCGGUAAAGACAAUAAAGACACUGAAAACUAAGAUGUACAUGGUAUACGAUAUUUAUCAUGUAAUAAUUUAUUCUGUCAUCUUACAGCGUAACUGAAUUCUAUUUCAUGAGAAAAAAUUCAUUAUAAUCUAAGUAUUUAUUGGCCAAAAUGCUUCGUGUUGAAUUCAUACAACUUUAAAUGAAUUCUUCCUAAAGCGAGCAUUAUCGUGAUCAUUAAAAAAUUUAGCAAAACGUUACUUUGAUGCAAGAGGUGCAUUUAUGUUGUCGGUAUAUUGUCCAUAAUCUGUUUAAACAACCAUCACUUUACCCCUCCCUCCUACAUGGAAAAUGGUAUCAACUUUGAAUAGGAAUCCUAAUUAUUUUUAAACGAAUUUCGUAUGAAAUAUUCCUCUCAAUCCCCUUGAAACAAAGAUAUAUACGAGUGGAAAGUUGGCCGAUUGUUUUGAUGUUUAAUUUGAAAUAUUAUAUUUUCUUAAGGUUGUCAGGAAUAUCCACUUGGACUGAUAAUUGUAAUGAAAAUUGACUUUAUUUAUGAAUGGCAAUCUGUUCGUAAAAUUACAACUUUUAGACAUAAUAUCACAAACGAAGUGGCUAAAUACAGCCAGAAUUCCGAUUAAGCAUUCUGUAAGCAAAAAUAAUUUUUCAACCAGAAUAUUUUGUUAUAUCAUUGGAAAACACAAACAUAUUACAUAUAAAAUAUUUUGCUCAACAUUUUGCCCUUUAUAAUUAUUCAGGUUGUUCGUAAAGUCAUUGGUAACAAUGCGAGCAGCUUUAUGAAACAGCUCGCAGGUAAGACUGUUGAUGGUGGAUGUAUUCGACUAAAAUUUAUCAUGCUUUAUACUAAUUCGCCUCUUUUUGUGUAUAUAUGCUGUGUUUUUAAAUAAAAGUCUAUUUAGAGUAUUG